GGAAACGGUUGACACGUCUCGCGCAUUGUGAUUGGCCAACGCGUUGCAAACUCUUGGAGGCGCACCAUUGUUAAUCACUCGUAGUUCUGUUUGACGCCUCAUUACAUUGAUAGAAAACAUAUUUUGCACAAGCUUUUGGUGGGCAGAUUAUGUACGGUAAAUUCUAUCCGCCCCGAGCAGAAGCAGCCCCUCAUCGGUUGAAAAGAGCCUUAUUAGUCGGAAGUGUUGUUUUUUUGAUAGCGAUGCGACCGUAAGGCGUGCAUUUCUUCAAGUUAGUCGCUCGAGAACCAGCAAAGUUUAAUUCCUGCCCAAAAAGCCUCCUCCCUAAGACUAUUGCAGGCUCUCUUGGUCCACUGAGCUCGAGGCUCAUAAGGAAAAGAAUCAUGCUUUUGCUGAUUUAAUUAGAAAAUUCUCACACUACGUUGCCUUAUUCACGUUUUAGCGCAUCUAUAAAAAAACGGAAACGUUUGCACGUAUGUAGACAGUAAAUGGUGCGCAUUGUACACGUUUUUCAUCGAGUUAUUUAUUCCACAGUGUUUUGAUCUAUGCCCCAAUCAAACAACACGGUCACGCGCAUGGGAACCAAUACAAUUUCAGAAGCUGCGAAAGUGUCGACUUUCCUCAUAAUUUAUGCAUGCCUUCAUGGAGUGAGGUCAAGUCUCCCGUCUAAACACACUUGUAAGCCUGGUAGCCCAAUGUUGUGAAACAGAACGUAGUUGUAGCAGAAUGAUUGACCUCGCUAUCAUGCUAAAAACCACUGUUGCAUGAGCGCUACAAAUAAUUGCGUAGGCAAGGCGGGAGGCACGUUCAGUCAAUCAACUUUGCCUACAUCUUAUUUACAGCAACUUUUGGGAACAUGCUUCGGUGAAGUUUGACACAUCUUUGUGGCAAAUGUUUCCUGGCUUGGUGGAUAGCUAAAAACAAGGUAUUGAUCGUCAGUCCGAAUAUUGAGGUCACUCUUGAAAGUAAUGCGCAUGUGCUAGCAUCAAAGGUAGUACAAGGUAGUUUUCGAAUAUGCCCCAAACGCCAUUUCAGUGAUCGACAUUUAUAUCGUCUGUGGCAUUCGUCCAAAUCAUUGAGUGACAACUGACUUUGUUGAAACAGCAAAAUGCAGUUCUGCGGCAGGAGCAUUGCAGUCGUAACGGAACCAAAAAACUGGACGAUGUAAACUUUAGUGGGUUACGUGAUAUAUCAAGGCUUCGCCACAGGUAAAGGCGGACAGUAUCGCCACCUGUUGUGUGCAGUUCGAAUCAUUUAUGUUGAUAUGCACUGCAUUACCAUGUGGAGCGGUCUGAUUAUCCGCGCGUCGCUGGUCGUACUCUCGUGGUUUACCGUGUCCCUCCGCGCUGCUACCCCGUCUUGUGGCGGGUCAUUCUCCCGCAGUGUUCCUUUGACCUGCCUAUCUCCUAACCUUGCCUUGAGCAACCACUUGCUCAAGAGCUACACCAAGAGGUCCCCGGUUGUGUGUGUGGCCGCCUGCAUCAAGGAAGACCGGUGCGUCUCCGUGAACUACGAGGGUGUGGGAGGCAUCUGCGAAUUGAACGAGAGCAGCAAGGAUGCACACCCGGCAGACAUGGAGAUAAGAGAUGGAUGGCGACACUAUGGCACAUUGCCAGGAACAGUCCCGACCAAGGAGAUAUGCCCCAUCAUAUCAACUAAGAGUCCAGAAACCACCAUGGAUACAACUACCACUCCCUCAACAACCACCCAAUCCACAACCUCCCAGCCCACGACCACUCAGGUAACAAGUCUUCAACCGUCAACCACUCGAACUACGACUAUUCAACCGACAACUACUCAACCGACAACCACUCAAACAACGACUUUUAUUCCGACCACGGCAUUAAUCACAACAGAGAAACCACCCCUUGACUGUUGGGAUAUACAUGCAACUUCACCCGAACUUUCGAGCGGUGAGUACACUGUCUAUCCAACAACGCGAGCAGGAUCUUUGCAAGUCUAUUGUGACAUGGACACCGAUGGCGGGGGGUGGACAGUAUUUCAGAGGCGAGUGUCCAACAGCCAGGAUUUCUACCAGAACUGGGCCGCCUACAAGGCAGGCUUCGGCGACCUAUCCACCAACUUCUGGCUGGGCAACGACGCUCUUCACGAGCUGACCGCGCAACGAGACUACGAGCUACGGAUCGAACUGCAGUCAUUCUCGGCGAUCUCCACCUACGCCAAGUACGGGCUGUUCCAGGUCGCUGACGAGGCCGACAAGUACCGGCUGAACCUGGGGAACUUCUACGGCUCCUACACGGCAGACGACUCACUGACCUACCACAACGGCAUGUCUUUCUCCACACUGGACCAAGACAACGACGUCGACCUGAGUCGGCACUGUGCCCAGUCCUUUCGCGGUGCCUGGUGGUAUCAGAACUGCUUCGCAUCCAACCUGAACGGGCCCUUCAUCAACACUGAGAGCGUCUCCCAAAAGGGCCAGGGUAUAAUAUGGGGGGCUUGGCUGACCAUCUACAAUUCGCUGAAAUUCGCUGAGAUGAAGUUGCGCCCCGUGUCAGCUCAAUCAGGACCUAAGGAUUGUUGGGACCACUAUACACAGGGACAGACAGUCAGUGGGUUAUACAACAUUCACGUGACGGGAAAGGUGGAGGCUUUGCAGGUGUACUGUGAUAUGGACGACGUUGGUGGAGGGUGGACAGUGAUUCAACGUCGAGUAGAUGGCUCAGGGGAUUUCUAUCUUGACUGGGCUGAUUACAAGGCAGGAUUUGGCGACCACAGUAGCGAAUUUUGGUUCGGCAAUGACAACCUCCAUCUCCUGACCAAUCAGGCCUCGUAUCAACUCACCGUGAAGCUGGAAAGAUGGAAUUCUGUGAUAAAAUAUGCAAACUAUGAACAAUUCUCAAUAGCAAACGAGACCGAUUUGUAUCGUCUGUCGGUCAGUGGUUUCUUUGGAAGUUCGGGUAUUGGUGACUCCAUGAAUUAUCACAAUGGGAUGGUUUGGUCCACACGAGAUCGCGACAAUGACAACGACGAAGUCCGCCAUUGCGCCCAGAACAAAGAGGGAGCGUGGUGGUAUGACGCAUGUGAGACGUGUAACCUGAACGGUCCUUACGUGCCCUACCCGGGCACUCUUUCGAUCGAAACAAGAGGCAGGGGGAUCGUCUGGGGUACGUGGCUAUUCCAAGAGUACUCGUUCCCGAAAGCGGAGAUGAAGGUCCGACCGACACACGUGGGUUUCUCGCUGUAGCGGAAGUGACGGCCAGUAAAGACAGCGGGCCUAAUGGGAGGGCUGUAUGUGUCGGGUGCCCAUACGUUUUUUUCUUGCCUCUGUCUUGAAUUCUGUAUUUAAUCACAUGACUGGGUGAUAAAAACGCAUAAUUAUUACAUCGUAAUAUCAUAGUCCCCUCCCCACAAUCCAAACUACAAUCCAAACCACAUUACAAGGACUGCUUAUACCAGACAACUCGUAUUCAGUGGUGUCUGUUAUACUUUCGUUGAUAAUAUUGAACUUCAGUGGAACUUAGCAGCGAAUUGGCACAAAACGCGAUCAGCUAUCGCAAAACUGUAAAUAUUUGACGAUCGAACGAUUAAAGUCCAUUUUAGGUUCAUUUAAACUUCGUUUUUAGAUAUAAGUUCCCUUACAUAUUGUCUCCCGAGAUUAAAACAAACAUGCAGGUUCUCCGUGUGAAACGGAUUUUAAAAAUAAAGAUUGUACUUUAGAGGAAACCAUGACUGCAACCAACGCAGUGAACCCAACGGCGCUGCACAUAGCCCGUCCACGUCAACGAGCCGAGCAACGGAUACAGUCUAAUUAUACAGAACCAUGCAAGCUUUCGUCAUCUGGAUAAAAUCCACGACACUUCGGGUGAAGAAAAUAUUGCAAAGAAUUCAAACCAGAGGUAUACCAAAAAUGAGUGACCGCUAUGAGGUUAGCACCCUCUAAGGGACGGCACUCCCUGGCCUCACCUCGGAUGCUAUCAGUCCCUUGGAUGUCAAACAUCGUAUCCAUCACCAGCCACCAUGCAUCACCAGUCAUUUCUUUUUUCUCAAAUUAUUAUGCAACAGUGUCUUCGUAAUUGCGUAGUGAUUAGUAUACACUAUUACUAAUACUUAUAUCUGCAUAAAAACAGAAAGAUGUAAGACAUUAGAAGAAUUACAGAUAUUAUUAAUAUAAUUAAUGAAUAAUAAUGUCCUCAUUGGGGGACUCCACGAGUGAUGGUCUGCUCUGAAGAUAGACGAGAAUUGUAAUAAACAAACUGCCUUCUUUUCAUAUGUAACUCCUAAACCAGUCCAAGGCCAACACUCGUACACCGAGAUGGUCAAGUUUAUUAAGAAGGAUAUGAUGAUUUAGAGUGUCAAAAGCCCUGGGCAGGUCCAGGAAAAUACCGAUAAUCUUGCUAAAGAUGUCGAGAAUAGCAAACUUCGUAUAGAGUGGUUAGCUCUAAAACCAUAUUGAGAUUUGGACGACAAACCGUGCUUAUCAAUAAGUGCAUGUACAUGUAAUCAAACAGUUAAAAACUAGCUUCUCCUAAAAAAAAAACAAACAAAAAAAAAAAACCCAAAAAACAGGUAGAAUAGUAGUGGGUCUUGUACUAGUUCGUGUCUACUAUACUACUCUUAUAAAUUGGAACCACUUGACCAAUUUUCAGUUCAUUAAUUGGAAAGAUCGUUCAGAGAUCGACUGGUUAAAUAGCAAAGCAAGUGGUUAAGCUGGAGCAUUCUUUUUUUAUAUAAAUUAAUCAAACAAUGAAGUAACCCAAGCCAUCCCAGCCUUGGGCUUUACCAGGAUGGGAUUACAUUCCGAUACAUUCAGUUUCAGCUUGCGUAUCGGGAUUUAAAGAUAAAGAAUGUGGACAUCUGUCUCUGAGGAAGGAGUGAUGAGAACAUAUAUCGGGGACCCUCAGUGAAUCGAGGACCAUUGCACUUCAUUCUUCAAGGUUCCCGAUUGCAAAAACAAACCCACAAAAUGUAGACCUCUCCCUUUCCACUUAAUUCAAGCGUACCUUACGCAUUUUGAACAGUAUAGGGGAUCAGUCACAUUAGCAGUGUUCUAACACCCAAAUCAUUUUAUAUUUCCAGUAAGAACAAGCAUGCAGGCUGUAAUUUAAAUGAAAAGGUAGGUCCAUGUACGAUCUGACGAUCUUUGCAUUAAAAAUGGACAAAACAAUUUAACCUGCAAGUUUGGAUAUUAGAAUGGACAUUGAUUUUUAUCUGGAAAUAGAACCCCCGAUAUCAAUCCAGUUCGAGCCUCCGUACUGAUGCACUCGAACUUAAAGCACGGGGUAUGGAGUGCUCAAGGCAUAGAGAACGUGGAAGACAACCAGGGAAACACUGAUAACGUGACAGGACUAUGUAGCCCCCUUUGUACCGUACUCUCCCUUUUGGUAGAGAUCCUCAGUAUCAAAUGGUCAGUCUUGUUGCGGUUCAAUAUGGAAUAUGCCUGGCUAGUUAUCUUUUAAAAAAUCGCUUUCCUUUAAAAUUUAGAAUGGUAUGAAAUCUGAUCCUUUUCUCUUGUACUGUUGAAUAUCCACAGUCUUCACUCACUUUACGCAAUACUGUCAAUUGAGCAUUGUUCUGCCCAAUGCGCACAUGAGCCCCGUUAUUGGUUUUUUAAAGGAAAUGAAUGCUUUGGACAAGAGUGCAAGACUGUAUUUUGGUGAAAGGAGGAUGAAACACGUACUUAAAAGUACUGCAGGGACUCGCCUCAUGGGUGAGUAGGAAAGAAAUUAACAGGCAUAUUUAUUUAUCAAUAAUUAGCACCAGAACCCGAAGAAAAUAACACCAGCAAAUAAGAGUAAGGAUGGUGUGACCGUGGGUAAGGCUUUUUUUCUCUACAACAUCAUGUUGAAUGAGCCCGAAGCCGUAUUCGCUUUUGAACUUGCCUCCCCCACACCGAAAGCUAGAUACGGCGCUGUACAUCAGUAUUAUAAUGUCUAAAGGCAGCCUUUGUAAAAAAAGAAUCUGACCUUUAAGUUAAGGGUAAUGAUCUUUAGACUGAAUGAAACUUUCUCCCAAGCGUCUGUGGAUACCCACCAACGGGCAAUGUGGACGGAUACUGAAAGUUGUUGAAGUAAGUUUAAAAUCACACUUGUCUCAGUAGAAGGCCUGAAAGACUUUCAUUUCCCUAAUUUUGAGAAAUGGGGU